UAAGUGUCUUCAUUAUUUAACAUGGAUGUCCUAAAUUCGUUUCUAUGUUCAGAUAAUUCAUAUUGUUGUCUGUCACCCCGCGGAACGUCGAUUCUGAUAUCUGUUGUAAGCCUUACUGGAUGCCUCAUCGACGUGUUGUCUAGCGACGUUAGUCUAGACUCGUGCUGCGACGGUUGGCAGCAUGUUCAGUCCCUGCGUAACGUGCUGCAGACGUUGUUCCAGAUGGCUAACAUGCUGCUACUUCUGGGUUCAAUAGUUGAGAGUGCGUUAUUACUCAAAAUAUAUUUGUGGUACAUGUUGAGCUUUGUGAUCGUGGGUCUGGUGGUCGCCAUAUUAGAUCUUUGCUUCCGACUUAAAAAUGAAGGUGUCUGGAGUUUCAUAACUUUUGUAACCGAGGUCACUUUUCUAUUCGUUAUAUUUCAGUGUCUCCCUCUGGUGGACAGCUACAAGAAAGGAUUGGAAGGAGUUUAGUAACUCAUUGUAAUAUAUAAUGAAACAAACUUCUAUCAAAAACUGACAUUCAAUUUUGGUAUAUAUAUAUUUGGUAUCGAUCAAAUGUAUUUAUUACUUUAUAGUUUUAAACAUAUUAUUCUUCAAAACUUUUAAUAACUGGGUAUUUUAUAACCAUACAU